CUAAUCUUUGUCGCGAAACUUAUGUCAUUAUGAACAAGGCACUACAGGGGUUACAGCAGACUGGGCAGACGAAGAGUGACUUCCGCGGGGAUGGAACGCAAAGGGUAUGGAAGUACGUAACAAACCUUUCGUCCAAAGGCAGGGCUAGCGUUAUACCCGCAGGUGAGACAUGUUAAGGAACCUUUAGUGCGCGUAGUUUCAUGGUACUCCGGUGAAGCUCUCAGACGCAGAUGAUCCGAUAACCAGAUAGGACUUAAGGGAAUGGGUGGUAGUUAUCGCGUCUAAAAACACAAUAUGACGUGUGCCAACAGUCGCGGUGCUUUCCGGGUAAUCUCCCGAUUGGUUGAGAAAAUGUACUGCACCGUAUAUCAUCUUUGCCACUCGCCUUUGCAUAUACUCCUAGUGGUAAAGAUUAUACUCUGGCCUUGCCAUAUGGUCUUAGGUGGUAAAGGUCGUCAUUAAUUUUCGUCAGGGGUGAAAAAACAAAAGGUUAGCGUCAAAGGCAGAGUAAAGUUGAUGUCUACCGUGGGCAGUGGCUUACAGUUGUGCAAAGUUAAUCUUGACGCAAGUCAAAGGUAUUCGCUGGCUUUUACAGUCCAACUCUGUCACACCAUUGGCACGAAUGAAAAUUGUUCAAAUGCGGCAACAGGUGGUCCCGUGGUGGGGCAAGAUUUCAUGCAGACACAUAGCUUAACCAUAAAAACGAAAGCAAUUGUGAAAUCUUUCGUUAACCGAAUGAACUAGGUUCUUUCAACCAACCCCCCAAAUGAAGGUUGCAGUUAUUUAGGAUAUCCUCAGUCAUUUCCAUGCAGUUUACUCGAUCAUGUGCAACCACUUAAGUAACCUAUUGCAUCUUUAUGAAGAAAUGAUUUUAUUCUUUCCAGUGCCAGAUGUCAUCCCACCUCCCAAGGCUAAGGACCAGGCACCCUCGUCGGCCAACCUGCCUUCAAUUCCUGUAUAUCUCAACACUCUAACCCCGAGCCCACCCACAACAGAGAAGUCUGUUAAAAAUACAGUGCCUUCGCGACAGUUGAAUCUCUUCUCCAGGGAAAGAAUGUGUUCCCCUCAAGUAGACCCUAAGGAAACCAGACCCACUGCGAGUGCGCAAGUUGACGAGUACGCUGGUCAAGAAAGAUCUGGGAGUGACCUUGAACCUCAAGAAACAAGGACCUAUAAGCCAUACUUAGUGAACCUUGCUUUGCAGAAUAGUGCAAAAACAAGACCACUAAGACUCUCAACAACAAAAGAAAGCUCUCAAAGGUAUCCUAAAGCAAAACAAGUUGGCUUAAACAAUUUGAGAGCUUGCAAAGGAAAAGGAAAAGCGCACACUAGCUUAAUUCGAAACCAGAACCUGAGAGGGGCACUUAGAAAGGGAAGUACUACGGCUGGUAACACGGAGAAGAAACAAGUGAGAUUUCAAUAG